UCGGUCUCACGGAAGAGAAUCGAAGUUAUUUUUUUUCCUUCAUAUUUUUAAUAGUUGUGACUUGUGAUAGAAUCGAUUACUGCCGUAGGAUUUGAUUAUUUUCAGAGCGAAGAAAAGAAAAGAAACGCUGACUGAUGAUUUGUUUUUGAGACUCAGAGUUAAUUAUUUUCGUUUUCUUUUAAUUUUUUUGUGACUCAAACUUAAUUCGAGUAGAAGUUGAGGCGAAAUGCUAGAUCUUAAUCUCAAUGUCGCCUCGACUGAGUCGAAUCAAGAUUCUGAAUCUGUGGUUCUCUUUACUGAUGAGCUCAAUGAAUAUCCUGGAAACCAAAUGGACGAAUCCGAAACCUCGAAUUCGUCAAUCGUAAACGAUGAUGGCGAGUCGUGCUCCACACGCGCUAACGGAGACGCCUUCACUCUAAGCUUCGACAUACUCAGAGUUGGGAGUGGAGGAGGCGAGAACGAAAACGAAGACGCUCCUGUGGUGGUUACUAAGGAACUAUUUCCGGUGAAGGGAGUUGGAGCUGAUUUCCGAGGCCCCGAAGGACAAAGCUCGGGAAACUGUACUAACAACAACAAAUGGAUCGAUCUUUCGUGCGACGGAAAAGAAGUUGGUCACCCGCAGGUGAUGCAACAACAACCGUCACAGACGGCGUUGAAGAAAAGCCGCCGAGGACCUCGCUCUCGAAGCUCACAGUAUCGAGGAGUUACUUUCUAUAGAAGAACUGGAAGAUGGGAAUCUCAUAUUUGGGAUUGUGGGAAACAAGUAUAUUUGGGUGGAUUUGACACUGCUCAUGCUGCAGCUAGAGCCUAUGAUCGAGCGGCUAUUAAAUUCCGAGGUGUUGAUGCAGAUAUCAAUUUCAGCCUGAGUGAUUACGAGGACGAUAUGAAACAGAUGAAGAAAUUGAAAAAGGAAGAAUUUGUGCACAUACUUAGACGGCAGAGUAAUGGCUUUUCGAGGGGAAGCUCGAAAUAUCGAGGAGUGACGCUGCACAAAUGUGGUCGGUGGGAAGCUCGGAUGGGGCAGUUUCUUGGCAAAAAGUAUAAUUAUCUUGGGCUGUUCGACAGUGAAGUAGAAGCUGCAAGGGCUUAUGACAAGGCAGCUAUCAAAUGUAACGGAAGGGAAGCAGUAACCAACUUCGAGCCGAGUUCAUAUGAAGGGGAGAUGAUCUUUGACACCAGUAAGGAAGGCAAUACUCAUAACCUCGAUCUGAACCUGGGGAUAUCUCCACCCGUUGGCAACGAGUCUUUAGAAAAUGAGGGGAAUCCCCAUUUUUGUUCUGGCUCUUUUGACAAAAAUGGCUGGAAGAGUUCGAGGGUGGCGAACACUGCUGCGGCAACAAUCGGUCCAGUUCACAAAGGGCUAGUGGGGACUUCAGAUCAGCCAAUUUUCUGGAAUAGUGUAUGUCCUGCGUACUUUCCUAGUGAGGAAAGAGUUGAAACCAGUCCUCCGCAAGGCCUCCCCAAUUUUGCGUGGCAAAUGCAAAGUCGAGUCAGUGGUGCUACGUCAAUGCCACUGUUCUCUACUGCAGCAUCAUCGGGAUUCUCAUACUUGGGUACCUCUCCUGCUGCUGCCAUUCUUCCAUCAGAACCUCUCAAUCAAAUGACCCGCAACCUCUGUCUUAACACGGCCACCGCCACCAACACCCCUCAAAUUGAUUUUCAGAUUAAGCCACAACGGGCACCACCUUAAGCUUCAACUCUCGACAUUUGCAGC